ACUGAGGUUAGUCUACUCUAGACUAGUCUAGUCAGACUAGAUAGAUGCCCUCGCAAAUCUUUAAAACAAGAAUCUCUCACUCUGUAAAGUACAUGUAAACAUUCUACGCGCCAUACAUGAAAGCUUUCCAGGCCUCGGGAGGUCACAGCACACAUACAUACGUGAUGUGCCGCACGAGACCAAAUCUCAUAUCGAGAGAGUUCACCUCCUCGCCAUCACCAUGGAGGCAUGGCUGAAGGGGAAGAAACGGAAAUCAGGGUCGAUAUCAGAACAGCCACCAGGUGAGGAAAACGAAUCAACCGACGUCAAACUGGCAAUUCUAGCCUCUUUGUUUCCGAACGUCGGCCAGGAGGCACUGCUUGAGUGCCUCCUCGAGCACGACGGAUCUGUGGAUGCGGCAUCGCGAGCCUUGAGCUACGAACCGCCCAGGGAAGACAGGAAAUCCCAAAAUCGAGCCGUCCUUGGCCCACAAACAUCUUUGAGACUCUACUCCUCUGCUCCAUCAGACGGCCCGCAGUUCACAUCGCCCAAGAAGGCCAAGUCGAUGUCCAAGAGAGGUGCAACACUUCAUUUGUAUGAUCCGUAUGACAUCGCUCAACAUACGCCAUGCAGUAUCAUUCAUAACUUCCUGCCAUCAGACGUUGCAAACGAUCUUCUCAGAGAGUUGCUAGAAGAGUCUGUCACAUUUGAAAAGAUAACCUUCAAGCUCUUUGACAAUGUUGUGCAAAGCCCGCAUACCUCUACCUUCUACGUGGAGACGGACGAGGAACUCAAUAUUCAGAAGCAUGAGUACUUCUAUAAUGGCGCGAGGCUGACGGAUGUCAGGAGAAUCACCGCAGAGCUCCUUCGAGUGAAGCCUUUGGUCCAGGAAGGCGUCAACAAAGAGAUAGAAAAGCGCAUCAAAACCAAGUAUCCCAAUCGAGAGAAGCUCAGAUUCCAAUCCCCUGACACGUGGAAGCCAAAUGCUGCUUUUGUGAACUGCUACGACGGUCCGCAGCAGAACGUUGGUUAUCACAGCGAUCAGCUCACGUAUCUAGGCCCGCGAGCUGUCAUCGGCUCUCUUUCCCUAGGAGUUGCACGAGAAUUCCGUGUCAGAAGGGUUGUUCCUAAAGACGCCAAUAACAGCGGUUCCGAGGACGCAGACUUGGAAGGCCAAAUUGCUAUUCACCUCCCGCACAACUCGUUGCUAGUCAUGCAUGCAGAGAUGCAAGAAGAGUGGAAACAUUCGAUCGCGCCCGCACAGGCGAUCGACCCGCAUCCAAUAGCUGGCAACCGGAGGAUUAAUGUCACCUAUCGAGACUACAAGGCGAACUUGCAUCCAAAGUUUACACCGAAAUGCAAGUGUAGCAUCCCGGCCGUGCUCAAAGUGGUGCAGAAGAGAAAAGAAAACUAUGGAAAGUAUUUCUGGAUGUGUCAUGGCGGUUAUAUUCCAGGAAAGGAAAACUGUUCAUUCUUCCAGUGGGCGGAUUUCGACGACAACGGCAACCCGAGUUGGGAUAAGGAUAAAUACAAAAAGGGGCCACAAAACUCGGCGGCGGUUUCUGCACGUGAGCCUUGAGACCAUCGAUAUUAGCACGAAAUGAGGGAGCAUAGAUAUGAUGUAAUGAAACGGUUCUUAGUCGAUGC